UGGUUUGACAACUACGUGAUUGUUAAAAGCGUUCCAUUUGAGAAAUCGACGUUGUUGCUCACUAAGUAAAUUCUGUCUCUUUUGCACCUAUAACUUUAUUGAUAGAAAUAUCGUGACGCUGAUUCAAGUCAUGCUGAAAAUCUUGAAUAAAAGCAUAAUUUUCUACGUUUGAUACGUGUAAAAAUUCAUUGAACUGAAAGUAAUGCUUUUCGUUCUAAAAUACCUAGAUAUAAUUGAAGUACUAGAGAUAAGGCGGUUGGCAGCUUCAUAAUAAAUAAAGUAAGUGUCAAUAGAGUAUUAAUUGCCAGCAAAAGAGACAAAAGUACGAUGGCUGAAGAACUCAAACCAGUUAAUGAAGAUGACUUAAAAUUGUUGAAAGAAAGAAUGAAUUUAAUCGUUAGUGCGGAUCCAGCACAAUACCACAAUGAAUAUUCACUGCGUCGAUACUUAAGAGCGUUCAAAACAGUGGACAGCGCAUUUCAGGCCAUAAUAAAAACAAACAAAUGGCGGGUGGAGUAUGGUGUUGCUGAGUUGAGUGAGAAUAAAGAGCUUAUAGCAAAGUACUCUGAUAAGGCAAGGGUGCUGAGACACAGGGAUAUUACUGGCCGGCCGAUAAUAUACAUUCCAGCUAAAAACCACAGUUCCAGUGACAGAAACAUUGAUGAUUUGACUAAAUUCAUAGUCUAUUGCUUGGAGGAUGCCAGUAAAAAAUGUUUCGAAGAGGUUGUAGAUAAUCUAUGCAUUGUUUUUGAUCUAAAUGGUUUCACAUUAUCAUGCAUGGAUUACCAAGUCCUAAAGAACUUAAUCUGGUUACUGAGUCGACACUACCCUGAGAGGCUGGGUGUGUGUCUGGUCACCAAUGCACCAGCCUUCUUCUCUGGAUGUUGGACUGUUAUAAAAGGAUGGCUUGAUGAAAACACAUCAAGGAAGGUGGUAUUCAUGCAUUCAGAAAUGGAUUUAUGUCAGUACCUGAUACCAGAUAUUCUACCCGACGACAUGUAAAGCUACAAACGGAAAAACGAUAAACAAAUGAUAAAGAAAUAUGGAUGUUGUGUUUAGAUUAAGGUAUAUUAUACUUAUGUAUAUAUUUAUAAAAAUCAUGUAUUACUUUGAGUACCACCAACUAUAGUGAAUGUCUAUUAUUUACUUACUAAGAAACUAGUAAGCUAUUGUUAUAUGUAUAGAUAACUUGUUUUCUGCAUGUCAGUGAAAUUAAUAAUGAAGAAAUCUAAGACCAAUAUUAUUUCUGUGUCUAAAACUCAUUUUUUUACAGAAAUCCUUGAAAUUUUAAUCUUGUUCUAAUUGCAUAAUAUUACAUUAUUUUCUUUAAUGUAAGUUGUAAUUUUUGGUGUUUAAUUUUUAUUUAAUCAGUCAUUUGAAAAUAAAAUAAUGAUUUCUUAAAAUUGUCACAAAUAAAAAUGAACCAAUUUUGUCUACUCUUAUAAUAUAACGUAAUUGAGCCGAUUCAUAUUAUUUUGAGAUUGAGGUAAGUAAAUGUUAAUAAAAAUAUUUUUUUCAACAAGAAUUUUAACAAGAACUAGUCUACUAAUUUACUUUAUUAUAGUUUAUGCCGUUACUUGUCAUUUUUACGCUUACUUUAUUGACAUAAUGUAGUUAAUAAAAUCAUAACGCCAAAAAGUCAAUUAAUUAAUGAAAAUGAGAUUUUUUUGUUAAUUUCCCAAGUUUUUUAUUGUUAUACUAUAGGUUUAAUUAACUCUUAUGUUGUUUAUUUUUUUGUUAUUUGUUCAAUAAAGUGUUAUAAACAUUACAUUCCUAAUCAUACGAACCACCGUCGACUAUUGCACCUGUUCAAAUGCAAUUCUAGAAAUUCUAAGCAAAAUAUAUAAUGAUAAAGAAAUUAGAUAUUUUGACAUUAUUAUUAUUAUAAUUUACAUGUAACAUUCCAAAAUAAUUUAAUUGUAAACAAAGCUUAAAAUUCUGUUAACCUGCUUACUGGUCACAUCUGCGCCAAUUAUGGUAAUAUUGUAGUAAUUUAUGAAAUGAGGACGUAUUAUCAUUGGUACCUAACAGAUGAUAUAAGAUAAGCAUUACAACCAGAUUCUAAUUUUAAUUCAUUUGUGGUAAUUAAACUAAGUACCUGCUGAAAUGCCAUCUUAAUAUAUUCGAAUUUAGCGAAGUAUUUUCGUUACUAUGUACUUAUUGAUUAAGUUAUAUAUUUAAAUGUAUGCUAUUAUAAUAAAAAUAACGAUCAUAUAUA